AUGUCUUCCUCCAUUUGCAGGAGAAGCGUCGAAAAGACCAUGUCGCAUUUCACCCUAAGCAUGGGUCAGGCGUCUGUUCAGAACAACGUAACCAUGUGGACGACCCUCUCCCAAUGCUACGACGAGAUCGCAAAGACCUUUGCCCUCCAAGACCCGGAGAACAUCAUCGCCAACCCGGAAAGCAUCUCUGCCGUCGUGCACGCCACCUUUGACCACGAUGCUCACGGUCUUGUCGAGCAGCAAUCGUCAUCGAUGAUGCACUGCAUCGACGACGUCACCAAGGCACACAUGCUUGCUCAAGCCAUCGCGGGCAUGGUUGCCUUCUUCCGCAAGCUUGCCAUCCACCAUAAGCAUCAGCCUGUCACAAACGCCUCCUUCGACAGGGACCUCCAGCGCUUCGCAGACUGCGAGCUGCGUUCGGCCAUGAUCCGCAAGAUCGAGGACAGCCGCAUCUUUGGACGAUGCUACACCAAGAACCAAAUCGCGGAUCUCAUCAUGGACGCCGUGGAUGGCAAGGUCGACGACGCCGAGUUUACAUCAGAGGAUGAGUACCAGAACGCCAUCGGCUGGGCGACGGAGUUGCCUGCAAGGAAUAUGGGUUUGCCGUGGGGUUUCACCAUCAUGGCUCUGAACUGA